AUGUCGCAGCUUGCAGGGCGGCGCGCCAGCGCCGCUGAGCCACGCCGCUCUUGCUGGACCCAACCACGCGCUGUGCGUGCUGCUCGCGCCGCACGCACGCGCCUGGUGGCGGUCCGCGCGGAGCAAGCAAACACAAGCAUAACAGCGCAGCUCAAGGCCGCCACCCGCCCGGUCCGCGCAGCCGCCAAGCAGCUGCUCGAGCGGCGCGGCGGCGCCCCUGCGGACGACACCGACGCAGCGCGCCCGCCGCCGGCGGCGGAGCGCCUGCAGGCGUCCUUCGCCCGCCCACAAACCGUUGCCCUCUCCGCCGCCGCCUUUGCCACCGUCGCCGCCGGCGUGUUCGGCCCGGCGCCGAUCCUGCUGCCUAUCGAUGCGGCGGCGCACGCCUUUGUCGCCGCAUCGACGACGCCCGAGUGGCGCCUCCAGAUCGGCGAGCGCGUGAUCUCGGACGUCCCGAUCUACCUCGGCCUCGCCGCCUGGCCCGUCCUCGCCACCGUCGCCGCCGCCGCGCCGCAGUCGCUGCGGCGCCGCGGCGCGGCGCUCGCUUCGCUCGGCGCGUCCUGGGCGCUCUUUGUGGCGGGCGCGGGGGCGGUGUUGCAGAAUGACCCCCCUCUCGUCAGCUUCCUGAAGCACGCGUUUGCCAGGGCCCGGCCCAGCAACGAGAUCCACCACUCCUUCUCGUUCCCAAGCGGCCACACCACCGCGGCCGUCUUCAUAUCCGGCGCCGCGCUGCUGGUUCUGCUCCCCCUCGCGCGGCGGCGGCUCGGCGCCGGCGCCGGCGCCAGCGGCGGCAGCGGGCGCCUGCCGGACGCCGUCGCGCUGCCGGC